GACGCGGCUGUUCGCGGGACGUACCGCCUCACGCGAGCACCGCUGCGCCGAAACCCUCUUGGUUUCCCCUGAACGCAGUCGAGCGAAAGCGAAGCGACUCUACGCGCUAUCGACGUAGGCGCUGGACGUGCUCCUGGGAGGCCCUUCUUUGCAUAUUCAUGAGGCGGCGGCGCGCGAGCGAGUGACGUCAGGGGCGGCGCGAGGCCGGCGUCGGCAGGGCCGCUCGCGCGGGGGCCCAUGGGAGCGUGAGGAUGGUGGCCGGCGCCUUUCCGAUCGCCAAGCUGCUCUACCUGGGCGUGCGGCAGCUCUCGAAGCCCUUGGCCACGCGCAUCAAGGACGGGGCGCGCGCCAGCCCCUUCUUCCGGCAGUACAUCUGCGGGCCCCCCGCCCAGCUGUACCACUGGGUGGAGAUGCGGGCCAAGAUGCGCAUCAUGGGCUUCCGUGGCGCCGCCAUCAAGCCGCUGAAUGAGGACGUGGCGGCAGAGCUGGGCGCGGAACUGCUGGGCGAGGCCAUCGUCUUUGGGGUGGGGGGGCUGUGCAUCUUUUUGGAGUACUCCCGCCAGUCCACCAACAGCAAGAAGAAAGAGGACGAACUGAACAGCACCCUUCUCGGCCUGCAGGAGCAGGUGGCCGAGCUGACCUUGACUGUGGAGACACUCGAUGCGCAGCUGCGCGAAAUGCACCGGGUCCUCGUGGAGGUCUCGGCCGCCCCCAAGUAGUCCGGCUCUGGGGGGGAGAGGUGCAGCUGCCUGGAACGGCCCUCUGCCGAGAGCCCCCUUGCUGGAUGUGCUAUGGCAAGGUGAGCCGCAGGGAUCUGGCCCUGUGUGGUGGGAUUUGGAGCGCAGAGUCCUGAGCUGCGCCUCACCCCUGGGCUGCUGGAUGUCUUUGCAGGGUUUCUCCUAGAAUGUAAAUAUUGAAUCCAUUAAAAGAAAAGCACAAGUUC